AUGGCUGGUGACUCUUACUCUCCUGGUGACGCUACCAAAGGUGCUAGUAUCUUCAAGACCAGAUGUGCCCAAUGUCACACCCUUGGUUCCGGUGAACCUCACAAGGUUGGCCCUAACCUCCACGGUCUUUUCGGAAGACAAUCAGGUCAAGCCGAAGGUUUCGCCUACACCGCUGCUAACGUCAACAAAGGUGUACACUGGGAAUCGGAUACCCUCUUCGACUACUUGGAAAACCCCAAAAAGUAUAUCCCCGGAACAAAGAUGGCUUUCGCUGGUUUGAAGAAGGCCAAGGACAGGAACGAUUUGAUCACUUUCUUGGAGAAAGAGUAA